AUGGAUGACUGGCGCACCGCGCGCCGGAAAAACUCGGUGAUCGUUGCAGCUCAGCGCCCCUUGGAUACAGGGCCGCCUGGCUGCCCCGCAGCAACCAAAGCCCCCACAUACACAGAAACAUGCGGUCCUCCACAUCUGAUUCAGAGAUCACUCGUACUUGAUGCGAGGAGAUGCCUUGUUCACAAGCGGCUCUUUCUCCCAGACCCCAGACCCAUUUUGUGCGCCCCAACUCAAGUAGACUCAUUCUGUAACUCCGGGUUUUAUGAGAAGGGCCUCGACGCUAGUUUGCUUACAUCCAAGUCUGGCCUGAGACCCAUUCUGCUGACAGAUCUCAAAAUGUUCCUACGAAGCUUGGCGCUCCUUGUCUAUGUGUCUCUCCUACGAUCGGUUCUAGGAGGGUUUAUACGAAUCAACAGCUUUGCCCACACCAACCAGACAGCAGUGGCACUAGACCCACUAAUUGUGUUUGUUGCUCUCGAUGAAGAACUCCAGUUGAUGAAGUUCCUCAUCAACUCCAAAGUGGUCCACUGGCAAAACGCCUCGACAACAGCCCCGGUGAUCUCGGACGUCAACGCAGCCACAAACCGCUACACGACGCUUCAUGUUGAAAUCGACUUUAUGGGCUCGACUUUUGUUGAUGAGAACUUGCGCUUUUGCGAUGUUUUGAUGGUGAAGAACACCUCGCGCUUGGAAGACACAUACCGCUUUGAUGGGCUCUCUUCGUCCUCGGCUUCCCUGUCCACCGCCGUGGCUACAGGAUUGGCAAAUCCAGACAUCCCUGGAUACGUCCCCAAUGCCAUCGAUAGUGCCAAUGCCAUGGAUGAAGCAGAUGCCAUAGAUGAAGCAAAUGCCAUGGAUGACUCUGACGUGGUGGACGGUCGGAAUGUGAUAGAUGACGCGCUGCACGUGCAGGGUCUCAAUCUGUCUGAGGGCAGUGGCAAUCUACUUUUCAAUUCCUCUGCACCAAGCGCCUCGAUGGCAAGCUCAAACGCUUCUGUGGAAGCACUAUUUGCGAACAAAACGGGCGACGGGCUUCUGUGCCCAUUGUACGUGAACGACUCGAUUGCAUUUUAUUACCAGGCAGACGUCAGCCAGAACUACAAGAAAUUCGGGUCGUACUCGGUCAGACUCUCGGUUGUUUCCAACAACGAGGAGUCCAAUAUCAUUGGAAGCGGUAUAGGAUACGUGACAUCCUCGUCACAGAACCCGUUUUUGAUCGAGGCCUCGGCAAUCUGCAAUGAGGGGCUCUUGAAGCAGUUGGAGGCAACGCCGCUUGCGCUCGUCUCCUACUUGCAGUUUGCUCUUUUCAUGAGCGGCUUGAAUAUACAGUACCCAGGGUUCUUCCACUACUUGAUGGGGAGAAUCAGGUGGUGUGCCCUUCUUGGCAUAAACAUCUUCUACAAGUGGACGUCCAUACCUUCGCCAGAUCUGGAUAACAUCUACAAGACCUACUACAAUGGGCUCAAAGCCUUGGCACAGUACAAUCCAAAUGGCUAUUACCAAUACAGCUGGCCUAACUUUAUUUUGUGCUUACUCAUCUGGACCGCUGUGGGCCUGGCAGGCUACCAGGCCUUCAUAUUCAUGAAGGUGCUGGCUCAGAGUCACCGCUCCCCAUCCAUAUUACGCAAAUGCUUUGGCCAUCUUCCAGCAAGCAGCUAUGUGGCGACAGAAAACGAAUCUCUGGCCACGAGCUUCCGAUACUCGUGGAGAACAAACAUGUGGGCUUUGUUGGGAAAUCUCCUCCGUGAAGUCCUCACUACUUUUGGCUUGCCGUUUUUGGUGCUAACGAUCUACAUGCUAUCCAUGGCCUCAAGCCUGGACAGCCUCUUCCAAGAGGCUGCUAAGUUGAACGAGCAAAACGCGUUUUCUGCCACCAUUCCAUACGGCAUUUUGAACCAUCAGUCCAAAAGCCUGGGACUCAGUUCAAUUGAAGUGAGAGCAACAGAGUUGGACUUUUCUAAGCAGAGGAGCGGGAUUCCCACGUUAAGUAUAGCUUUUGGACUGAUGGCACUCGUUGCGUGGUUUGGCUCGGUGUUUCUAUUCUUGUACUACUAUGUGGUGCCCGUUCUGAUCCGAGGACACCCUAAGCAAAACGUGACAAAGCUAUAUACGUCGGUCAAAGCCAUUGUCACAUGGGCAUAUUUGUACAACGUGUACAAGCCGUCCAAGGUUUACUACGUGGCAGUGGACAUCUUUGGAUGCACCUUCUCCCUGAUUAUCAUUGCCGCUCUUCAGAAUUAUCCAACGGCGCAGGUGGUGCUCAUGAUUGUUCUCCAAUUCACGAUGCUCACCUUGCUCUUGACCAUACGACCACACUUUUUGGCGUUGACAUGGCACUCGGUGCCAGCGCUUAUGCACGUCUGCAGAUUUCUUGUGACAGUGCUCAAUAUUCCAUAUUUGAGCCAGCUCGAAGUUUCCGAGGCCCACCGCACUUACGUGGCAUAUGCCCAGAUGACCAUCCAUUUCAUCUUUGUGGUUUUUUACAUUGUGAAACUCGUCUACUGUCUUGUCAUCACCAUAUUGGCCGCUGUGAAGGUACACAAAAUAUCACUUACAGAAGAGAAGGCGGAAGUGGAGAACAUCAAUGCCUCUCGUGCUAGUUUUCUCAAUGAGUUCGAAUUCAAGCAAGUCCCUGUCCAAGCUCAUCUUGCAAAUACAGAUCCAAGCGCCAUCCGCUCUUCUACUGCAAGCAGCUUGAAUGACGGAGAGGUGGACUACUACCGGUCCAAGAGUGAGCGUGUCUUACGGAGUUUGGAAUCUCGAGACUUUUUUCUGGAUACCAAAGUCAGCAACGGCACCACCACGGACGAAGCGAGCUUGGACUAUCAGCAAACAGAGCAUAGAAUCCGCGUGACGGACUAUACGACAAGAGAAGCCGACUGGAUCUACCAAAAGUGCUUUUCUGCAUCCGAAAUAGACCCUGAAAUGAGAGAAUUGUGGGAAUUGCGAGACCGGAACAAGAAUACACAACCUUUGCUGGCCAAAGUCAAAAGUUCCGGGCCUGAAAAGGGCGUUCUCGCCAGUUUCUGGGAAAAGUUCACGCCCAAAAAAGAAAAGGGGUUUGAAGUGGUGAGACGUCGUCCGAUUGUGGUGAAAAAUACAGCCACUGCAGAUGACAACAACGAAUCCAAGUAG